AUGUCAAGCGCCGCCUGUGAUUGGCUGGCACACGUGCUGCCCCUGCUGGAUACGCAAGCUCUCAAUUUCCUCCUGAAUAUCCUCACAUCCGGUACCGUUGCCUCAGCGCCAGUAUAUACUCCACCGGUCCAGCAACUCGCCCUAGCCGCAACUCUCCUCAUACACCCUUCCACCACCACGCGCGCGAAAACAACCGAGGAGGAAGAAGCACCCCUGGCCGCUUUACGUCUGCUUCGACUGACCAAAACCCUCGUCGGACCCAUCUCUUCGAAGCUCAGCGUCGCAUUCUCUUUCAACAAACCUGACUUCCCCCGCCAUACAAGACGACGUCCUGUGGCAGAAGACAUCCCCCCUCCCUCGGAUCUAUCUUCCGAGGAUACGAAACCCUUGAACUUAGAUCUCGGCCAGUCGCUUUCCUUGUGGUCCAACGCAGAAGACUUCUGGCAUGUCGUUGGUUGGGCGUUCAACUGUUCUGUCCGCCAUCGCCCCCGCUGGACGUGGUGGCAGGUCUGGCUUGAAUACAUGUGUGAUGUUCUGGAGAGUGAUUGGAACGAACGGUUUCGACAGUACAAGGAGGCUCACACCGGUAACGCCAUUAGCGAACAGGGACCACCACCCUCCCCAAAGAAAGGUCGACGGAAAAAAAUGCAUCAUGACGAUGACCCAGCCCUCCAUAUCCUCAGAGAAAGCCUCAUAUUCCGUUACAUCCACGGAGCUAGCACCACAUACGGUCCAUACCGGCGCAUCGUCCGCUCCAUCUUUGCAGACGGUGGCUCGACCUCUCGCAAUGAGUUUCGCGAAGUCUUCGACAAUGAACUCAAAUACGCACAAGCACACACCUCCACCAGCAGAAAGCGCAGUGCGCAGGUCAACAUCGAUGAGAACGAGUUCGGUGACUACCUCACGGACGAUGAUCCGGUCGAGGAUGGAGAAUGUGACAACGAAAACAAGGAUACCGAUGAGACGAACGCCAAUUUUGAAGGUGAGGUAUAUCCAUCUGAUUCAAACACCAGCAGGACCAAACGUGCCCGGGAGAAAGCUACCCCUCGCCGGGCACCCCAGCCCAAGCGCAGAGGCAAAUCACUAGCCCUUGGCCCCAACGGCAUCAACACACCCCCCGGCCCAUACGGCGGCUCUGCCCCAAGCAGCAAAUUUGGCGCUCGUGUACCCAUCGAAGAGCUCCCCACCAAACACAUCCCCUACAUGCACGGCGAUGUCGGCUUUUACGGAGGCAUGCGCUCGCUCGGUCUCCGACAACGACUCCUACAACUCCUCUCAACCGUCUCCCAAUACCUCCCCGACGACUUCAUCCCCCUCGAAGACCUUUACCAUCUCUACGCCGAAAACAUCCGUCACCUGCCCCUCCCCGUCUUCCAAGCCUUCAUCAGCCCCUCCACCCUCCCUUACCUCUCCGGGCCUGCCAAAACCACCCUCUGCGAAUUCCUCCUUUUUCGCAUGCGCGAGUCCGCCGCCCCCGACAGCGACGAGGAAUAUCUCAACCAAGCCAAACUGGAACAAUGCUUUCUACCCUACGCGGCCAGCACAAAGUCCAUAGCCGACAAUACCAAGGUCUCCAUUGCCUUGGAGUCACUGAUCAUCCUCCUCGCCGAUAAUGGCAUGCUAAGCGUCACGAAGAGUCUGCGAGAAGCAGUUCAUAAGGGCGUUAAUCGCCGAUUCGACCGGUCCGAAUACCAAUCGAAGAAAUAUGUUCAGGAGGCCUAUAGGUGGGCGGAUGAUAUCGAGCGAGCAUGGCUAGAGGAGAGUGCGGAGCGAUUGUAUUUCCUCGUGCAGAUCAUUCUGCCCUUCGAGGGUAAUGCCACUGCUGCAUGA